AUGGCCCACCAAGAACCCACAUCACUGUGGUGGCCCGAAGACCGCAUCGCCUCAACCCUGGACACCACGUACAUCGUCAGCCACCUGCAGCCGGCCAAUGUGCCACGGCUCUUUGAUCUGCCGCGCUGGGGCGAGGGCCUAACCAGCGAGACAUACAUGGAAUGGAUCCUGCUCAAAGCCGGCCGCCUCUUCCUCACGCUGUCGGCCAUCGGCAUCCCCGACCGCAUCUUCGCACUCGUCGACGAGUCCUGCGACGACGCGGACCUGCCCGUCCCCGAGCACAGCGUCGACCUGCUCCAGCUUGCCGCCGACGGCGCGCCCGACCCGGCGCUCGAUUCCCGCUUCUUUCAUGCUCAGUGGCGGUUCCUUGUUCGCGGUAUCGCCGAGGGUGAGCAUGUUGCUUAUACCGCUAACGAGGGCGUCCCCGUUGAAGUGCUGCGCCCGGGGUCCAGCGCCAGUACUAGUGUGCAGGGCCGCGAUAACUCGGUCGAUAGGGUUGUGCUGGCGGGGUCGGUGUGCCGCGUGUUUCUGCGUACUUGUGUGCAGGUCGGUGGCGCGCCGCACUUCUUUGAGGCGGACGAGGUGCUGGGCGAGAUCCGGGCGCUGCGAAGGCUCGCUCACGAGCAUGUCAUGUCCGUGUAUGGCUCGUACCAGGCCGACGAUACAAUCUGUGUCCUCUUCACCGGCGCCAGUGCCGACCGCACCCUGCACAGCUUCCUAACCGACGAGCCGCUGGCCUUCAAGCGGCAGUCCAAAGAGCAACGCCGCCAAACCCUCAUUCAGUGGCCGCAUUGUCUGGCAUCCGGACUGGCAUGGCUACACGCGCGGGGGCAUUCGCACGGCGCCAUCCGCCCAUCCAACAUCCUCGUCGACGCUGGUUUACACAUCCGCCUCGGCCAGUUCCAGGCCCUGGACUCGCUCCUGGCGCCGCCGCGCGUCGACGACCUUGAGGCGUACCAGUACUCGGCGCCCGAGCGCUGGAUCCGGUCUGCCGCGCCGCUCCCGCAGCCCGCGCCAUCGCGCAUCCUCCUGCCAUCGGGAGGCCGUACUGCGCGCAAGAAGCGGCCGUCGCGCCUCACGCUGACCCCAUUGAAUGAAAGUCCGCCGUCGUCGCCGGACUUCCCGCGGCCGGACUCAGCCGCGUCCCGGGGAACGGUCAUCCGUAUCGGGCUGCCGGGGUCGCCGUCACGGUUCUCGUUUGCGUUCUCGUCUUCGUCGUCGUCUGCUUCGUCGGCGGCGUCCUCGAGCGCAGGACAGGAUGUCGAUCCGUGGAAACAACAGCAGCAACAGCGGCACGAAAAGAAGUCGCAACAACAAGAAUCGCAGCAGGGCCGCACGCGCAUCUGGAGCAAAAUGCCCAAGUCACUGAUCGCAACGCCAUCACUCACCUCCUCCUUCGCCUCGCACCGCAGUGCACGCAACCGCUCCGCCGGCCGCGGCGGCGGCAUCGCCGACGCAUCGUUCCAUCUGGCGCGCAACGUCGUGCAGGUGCAGUCGUGGAUCGCGCUGCUAGAGGGUGACGCGCUGAAGCGGUGCCGGCGCGACCGCGGCAGCGACAAGCCGUUUUGGGCGGUGCCGCGGCUGUUGAUGGUGUUGAGGGCGAUGCUGGAUGCGGACGCUGAGAAAAGACCGGAGGCCAGGCGCGUCAAGAGGUGUUUUGCGAACGCGGUUUGUCAGCAGAUUCCCGGGGGUGUUGUUGCGUUGCAUUGUAGGGGUGGGAAGAGUGGUAGUGAUGAGGUGAAGGAGAAGAAGCGGUUGGUGAAUAAGGAGAUGGGGGAGAUGGAGGAGAAGUCAAAGAAGAAGAAUGCGAGGUCGAAGCUCCGUCACGAUGCUUCGGCUUCGUCGGUGUCGGAUUUCGAUUUCGGGUUCUCGGACCCCGGCAGUGGCAGCGACACCAAUAUCGAUGACGACGAGGAGAACAAUGCCAACCAUGCCGAGGCAGUAUCCAUCAAGCAGGAAGAGCCAGAGAUGCAGACCCAGCGGGAAUCGCCCCAGCUCGCUCUGCCGGACUUUGAUAUUAAUAUCACAGGCAUAGAGGGGCUGACUCUCGCAAGUAAAUAA